UGGAAAUUUUUUAUAUAUAAAGAUGUUUUAAUAAAUUAUGAAGAACACGUUAUACAUUUUUUCGUAAUUUAGGUUUUAUGCCCGGCCAUAAAUGAUAACCUAAGUUGCUAUAUCCAGGAAGUGUCAAUAUAAAUUUACUUAGAGUGGCAUAACUUCCAAUUAGAACAAGACUAACAUCAUCUACUUCCUCAAGAUGCAACCUAAAAGACCACCUCGAAUAUAAAGAUGACCCAUUCUACACUACAAUGAGCUGAUUUAUAUUCUUUCCUUUCUACAACCAAAAGACUACUGGCAUCCCUUUGAUCUCCGGCCACCUUAUUCUUGUUUUUCAUAUAAAGAAACCCCACACCACCGAUGGCUUCUGUUCAUCACCUUCACCAAAAACCUCCGAUCAAUCACUUGUUGAAGAGGCAAUGAAUAGCACUCCACACCAGCAAAUCCCAAUUCACUACACCCCUGACGACCGCCUUAACCGCCCCCUUCCUAACGAUGGCCGUCAGUUAAGGCGGCAUCACACCGCUCGGUAUUAUGUGCACCGUGUCAAAGAAAGUCUAACCACUCGUGUAUCAAAGCUAAUAUGCUCUGUUUUUCUUAGCCUUCUGUUCAUCGUAGGCCUCAUAACAUUCAUCUUAUGGCUCAGUUUACGCCCACAUCGUCCAAGAUUUCAUAUCCGUGAAUUCUCCAUCCCCAGUUUAGCACAAGGUAAUGGUUUUGCAGCUGCCAUGGCAACCUACAAUGUAACAGUAAGAAACGCUAAUCUGAAUAUAGGGAUUUACUACGACACAAUGCACCUAACAUUGUACUAUCAGAAUAAUCUCAACAUUGGGGAAAAGCCAGUAUUGUUUCCGUUUUAUCAAUCACCCAAGAACACGACGAUUCUUUACGGCGACCUACAGGGGUCUACGUUCCAGGUAGAUGAAGCACGUUGGGCACAGUUCAUAGCUGAUCGAAAUCGUGGGAGUGUUUCUUUUCGGCUGGAGGUUGCUUCAUCGAUCAGGUUUAAGGUGGCCACAUGGGAAAGCAAGAACCACAAGAUGCAUGCGACUUGUCAAAUCAAGGUGGGACCCGAUGGGUUGCUUAUUAUAGGAAGUGAGAAAGAAAUGAAAUGCCCGGUUUAUUUCACUUAGAAAAUAAUACAUGUCGUUCAAUUUUCUUUCUUAUUAUUUAAUUUGAAAAUUUUAAUUUAAUUAUUUGUAAAAAUUGUUAUUCGUUUCAUUGUAA